AUGGCGGACGAAGAAAAAGAUUUAACAUUAAAGUUUAUUGAAGAUUACAGAAGCUUUCCACAACUCUGGGAUCCAAAUAAUAAACUUUAUACAAAUAAAGUAAAGAGAAGCGAUGGUUUGCAAGUUCUGGCUACUAAAUAUAAAAUGGAUAUCGAUGGAGUUAAAAAAAAGAUAAAAAGUCUUCGCUCGUAUUUUUCCAAAGAGCAUCAAAAAGUCAUCAGGAAAAAGAGCGGUGCUGGAUCCGAUGAGAUUUAUGUUUCACCGUGGUUUGCUUACAAACAACUCUUAUUCACUGCUGACUCGGUGACGCCGCGGGAAACUGGAGAAAGUACUACUGAGGAUGAAAAGGACACGCCGGCUGAAAUAUUAAAUAGAGAAAACUCUGCGACUUCGAAGUUUACGUGUAUAUCUGAAGACGAGCAUGAAUUUACCCUACCACCAAUAAGAAAGAAGAGAAAUAUUAAAAGUACAACGAUUGACGAUAAAGAGGCGGAAGCUUACAAUUUUAUGAAAAAAGCUAGUGAAGAAUUAAGUCAAAAAGAUUAG